AGACCGUUACGCCCCCAUGAAGCUGAAAAAGCAAAAAAAGCACCUUCAGAAUCAUUUGAAAUACCAGAAGAUAUUAAACAGCGCAUUGAAAAUAUUCAAAAGAUAGUAACAAAGACAGAGGAUACGCGUGAAAAAGGGGAUCCAAGAAAUCUUGAUUUUAUAAGAGGAAUGCAGAUCAGGAUACUUGAAUCACUUGAUAAAGUGCAUGAACAAUUACGUACCUUAGAUGGUAGUCCGAAAGAAACAAGAAUAUCUCGAAUUCCUUUAGAUGGAGGAAACGAUCAUGCAAUUAGGGAUUUAAAGGAAGACGUGCAACGUAUAGCAAGUAAAAUUGAGUCUUUAGAC